AUGGCAGACAACACAGACAAAUCGCUCAAUGGUGCAGGAACUACCGCUCCUGCCCAGCCCACCACCAACCCGCUGAACCCUUCCGAGCCCUUGAAGCGCCCAGCUCCCGGCGACUCGACCGAGCCCGCCAAUCCACAGAGUGAAAUUCUUCCUUUCGACUCGGCCCUUACACGCGCCGAGAAAGUAGAGCGCCAUGGCGACGAGCAACCCUCUAAGCGAGUCAAGCUGGAACAAGACCCUGUCCUGACCGCCGUGGAACCCAAGCCCAGAGUCAAGGGCGUCGCCCCCAUCAAGAAGGAAUACUUGAUCCACAACUCUGAUUCCGCUGCACGACCCGACCAAGUCUCGGAAGAGAACCCUGACGAUGUCGCCGAAGGAAGUAAGCACGAGUCGCAACAGCAGUCCAAGGACAAGAAGCAGAAGAACCGUGGCCAGAACAAGGCUAGAACUUUUGGUAGCUCGCGCGAUGCUCUUCAAUUGUGCAAGACCCGUGUCCACAACAACGAGUUUUCACCCAAUGAGUGCCCCUUCGGCGACAAGUGCAGAAUGGAACACGACCUCCGCAAAUACCUGGCUGAGGGCAAACGCGAGGACUUGACUACCUUCAACGCCAAGUGCCCCAUCUUUGAGGUCAAGGGCAAGUGUAAUGCUGGUUGGAAAUGCCGCUUCGCUGGCUCCCACUCUACUGAGAGAGAAACUCCCGAUGGUCGCAAGGAGCUCGUCCUCCUGGACAAUGACAAAGCUUUGGGUGACAGUGCCCAAGCAGAAGAGGAGGAGGGUGUAGGUGUGGUCAAUGUUGUCUCAAUGGGCGCCAAAAUCGAACUCAGAAAGAAAAAGACAGCCAUGCCCAAGUCUGAGGCCUACGUGGCUUGGCUAGACAAGCGUCAGGCUGAGAUGAACAAGUACUAUGGAGCAAACAAACCAGAAGAAGGACAAGAAGCAGAAGCCGAAAAGAUGUCACUCGAGGAGCGUCGCGCCCAGUUCACAGAAGCCCCUGUUCGUGCUUCGGAAAAGCGCAGAAUCUACUACGGUCCUGAGACCCCGGUUCUAGCUCCCUUGACCACACAAGGAAACCUUCCAUUCAGACGUUUGUGCGUCAGCCUCGGUGCUCAAGUUACGUGGUCCGAAAUGGCCAUGGGUCUACCGCUCAUCCAAGGUGAGAAGGGCGAAUGGGCUCUGGCCAAGGCCCACGAGUCUGAGAUUACUCCUCCCAAGUACACCCCCAAGUCUGUCGUUGCUGGCUACGACAACUCAAAGGAUCUCAAGUUCGGUGUUCAGAUUGCAGGAAACAAGCCAUGGAACGUUCUUAAGACCACCGAAAUUCUCACCGCACUCUGCCCGAGCAUUCGCGCAAUCGACUUGAAUUGCGGCUGCCCUAUUGAUCUUGUCUACCGUCAAGGCGCUGGUUCCGCCCUUAUGGAUUCGCCUGGCAAGCUCGAAAAGAUCCUGCGCGGUAUGAAUGCCGUAUCUGGAGAAGUCCCUAUCACCGUCAAAAUUCGCAUGGGCACCAAGGACAACCAUCCCACUGCCGAUAGACUCGUACAACGUCUUGUUCUUGGAGGCGAAGAAGCUGUCGCCACUGGUGACGGCCCAUGUGGUGUCGCUGCCAUUACCCUCCACGGCCGUAGCCGUCAACAGAGAUACACUCGCCAAGCCAACUGGGAGUACAUUGCCGAAUGCUCGGCCUUGGUCAACAGACUCAAGCAAAAGCAAGCAGAGGUAACAGAUACCAUCCGCGAAGCAGAUGCACGUGACAUGACUGCCUCGAACAAUGGUAUGCCUUACUUCUGUGGAAACGGUGAUGUCUACUCUCACGUCGACUACUUUGACGCCGUCAACAACGCCAACGUCGAUUCAGCCAUGAUUGGUCGUGGUGCAUUGAUCAAGCCCUGGAUCUUCGAGGAGAUUCAGACUGGUCAGUACCUCGACAAGAGUGCAUCAGAGAGACUGCAGUACAUUGAGCAGUUCACACGUUUCGGUCUGGAGAACUGGGGAUCUGACGAGAUUGGCGUUGGAGUCACACGUCGUUUCUUGCUCGAGUGGUUGAGCUUCAGCUGCAGAUACGUGCCCCUUGGUCUGCUUGAACACUUACCUCCACACCUCAAUGACAGACCUCCUGCCUUCCGUGGCAGAAAUGAGCUCGAGACAUUGCUUAGCAGCCCCAACUACAAAGACUGGAUCAAGAUCAGUGAAAUGUUUUUGGGACCGGCACACAAGGACUUCCAGUUCCAGCCCAAACACAAGAGCAACAGUUACGAGAUUGAAGCCGAGGGUUAG